AUGUACAGGUACUUUGUACUGACUGUCUCUCUACUUGGAUUCAUGAUGAUAUCCUCGAAUACCUUUGCGUUUAACAUUGCUAUUGUUUGUAUGAGUUCAAACUCUACUAGUGAUUUCACAGUAAGUUUGGUUUGAUAUUUUUAUGUUUCGGGGAUGUUUUUAGUCUAAAAAGGCACAUAUUCAUCAUGUUAUGGUAGCUAAUGAUUUGAUUUAAAUAUUUUAAAAUCUAUUUGUUGGAUGUAAUUUCUCCAUUGGUAUACGAUAAUAGGUUUUUUAAAGUUUCGAAAAAGCAAAAAAAGGUUGGAUUCUCUAGGUUAAUAUCAAAAUUUCUUAAAAUUUACUGGUUUAAAGAUUUAUUUUAUAGUUUACAACAAGUUUCAACAUGUAUUUUUACCUUUCAGGCUAUAGACGUCUUUCCGCCAAUCGACUACAGUCCAUACCAAGUCAGUCAGAUCAACUGGGCAGUUGGCCUUGGCUCAGUAGCCGGCACGAUACCCUUCGCUCACGCUUUCUAUCGCUUUGGAGCUAGAGUGCCAUUUCUAAUCGGUCUUCUGAUCUCUUCAGUAGCCACAUUCCUAUUCCCAUUUGCUGCCGAAUGGAACUACUACAGUAUGCUGUUCCUCCGCUUCCUUCAAGGAUUCACCUUCUCAGCCGACUUCUCUUCGAUAGGCUUGGUUACUUCCAAAUGGGCUUCCCUAAAACAAUCUGGCUUCUUCCUCUCUGUGCUCUGUUGUCAUGUAGCUAUGUCUACUGGACUGACCAAUGCCUUUUCUGGCCAGGUUUGUGACUCGUCUUAUGGAUGGCCUUAUGUCUACUUUGGCCACGGCUGUAUUGGAUUAAUUUUGGCAGUAUUGUGGUGGUUGGUAUAUGAAGACGAGCCUCAUCAAUGUAACCGAGUCUCUUCGGUAGAGUUGGAGAAGAUUCAGAGAAACAGGAAUCUGAAUGAGAUUGGAGGAGCUACUGAGCCUAUUCCUUAUAAGGUAGGGAAGGUUUUAUAUUUUAUUGUGUUUCGAGAAAUGGAGGUUUAUGUUGAUGAUACCUGCUUGGAAAGGUAGUUUUCGAAGGAAAAAAGAGUUUUUAAUGAAGUAUAUGAAGGAUUCAAUCAUAAAACGAUAAAACGAUGAUAUAUAACUCUAAAACAAUAAUUUUUAAAAUCAUUUCUGACUAAACUAGACUUUCGUCCUAUGUAAACUAUAUUAACAUUGCUUAUCCUUUCAGAAACUCCUCACAGACCCGAUAAUCUGGUCCUUCUGGUUCAAUGGAUUUGCUGAAAUCAUGGCCUCUGGCUUUGUCCAACUCUACGCGGCCUAUUACAUAAAAUACGCUCUUAAUUUCGAUGUAGAAGCGACAGGAUUUCUUUCGGGUCUGACCACCUUUGCUCAAUGUCCAACACGAUUGGUCUUUGGAUAUCUGGCAGAUAAAUGGACAUCCGUAGGAGAAGACUUCAAGUUGAAGUUGUUCAACACGAUCACCUUGUUUGGAGGUGGAGUAUUCUUGAUGUGUAUCGGAUUGGCUCCGGAAGGGUGGUCUGGAGUGGCUAUUGUGGCGUUUGUUUGCUUCAACUUGGUUACCGGCUUCUCGACCGUCAGCUUCUGCAAGGCUAUCGUGCUGUAUUCACGGUGAGUUUUUUCGUUGUAAUAAGACUUAUAAGGAAAGAUAAUAAGAUUUAUGGUAUAUAAUAUUAGUUUUGGCAUGUUUUAUUGUGUAAAAUAUUGAAAACAUCAAAAUCUUUAAAAAAUGUUUUUUCUUAUAUUAACCAUGUUAUUCUAGCCAGCAUGGCUACUUUGUGAUGGGAAUAACCCAGUUUAUGAACUGUGUCCAACUAUUUUUUGGUCCAGCAAUGGUGGCCUUAUUUGUCACUGAUAAGACUUCAAAAACGGAAUGGAUUCCGGUGUACGGUGUGAUGUCUGGCUUCAUGUUAGUGGCUUCAAUUGUCUUUUUGAAGUGGUCGAGUGGUCAUCCUCCAGCUUACAUCGCUGAAGGCAUCAUAAGUGAGGAUGAUGUGGAGAAGUCGAAAAAGAUGUCAGCGGAGGGGAUUGAGCCAAUCAGUGUGGACCAAUUGGCUGUUCAGAAUGAUACUGACAAAACUGUAUAA